AUGAUGGUUUGCGCGACCUGCAAAGGCUUGCAAAAGCAUCUGAAGACUCUUGAUGGUGUUCAAAAGACAGAGACAGGCGCAUUGCAGUUGGUGGAUGCUUCACUACUGGACAUACGUGCAAGUGCCACUGGCUGUCGCGCGUGUGCUCUGCUCCUCCAAGGUAUCCUGCUGCAUCAUGACCGAUUCAAAAACGUGAAGGAAAGCGACACCCGAAUCACAGCAGAAUCGUUCGAAUCAGUUCAAGGACGCAACUCCCAAGACCACCUCUCGGUCGAGGCUCGAUGGAAGGAGCAACACGACGAUGAUGAGCAGGAAAAUGACGAGCACGGGCACGCAGGCUGGCCAAAUCUAAAGCUCGAGUUCUUCACAGAUGAGGAUGGUCAAUCAUCGUUCUCAGCGAUUGGGCAAGGACGUCAGAUCUCAAGCCAACCUCUGCAAGAUGCAGGUCUCUCAACAGUGCGGAAUCUGCUCAAGACCUGCCUCUCGAGUCACUCGAAAUGUCGACGACCCAAGUCCACCACGCUACCGAAAAGAGUCCUAGAUGUAUUAGGGAACGACUCGAAAAGCGUACGUCUGCAUGAAUCCUACUUCAACAAGGAUGAGAAUAGAUACGAAUAUGGAGAAUACAUUGCGUUGAGCCAUGUAUGGGGCGUGGCAAAGGGUCUACCAAAGACGACAACCAGGACAAUACAGUCGUACAAGAAGGGUAUUCCAUGGACGACUUUACCAAGAGCUUUGCAGGAAGCGGUUGUGCUAACGAGGACACUGGGAUUUCGCUGGCUUUGGAUCGAUGCUCUGUGUCUCAUCCAGGACGAUACUCCCUCCAAACUCGAGGAAUCAAUGACCAUGGACCAAAUCUUCGGAAAUGCCUUUUUGACUAUCGCUGCGACUUCUGCAACAGACAGCAGCAGUCACCCACUGUUUCCCGCUCAGGUGCAGCCUUUCAAGAUCCAAGCGACUGACAGCAAAGGUUCUGCUUUCAAGAUCUACGUCAGGGAACAACCGAGCCAUUACAGCUUCAAGGCACCGUUCGAUGAAGGUGCACAUAUGAACGAGUGGGAGCUACCAUUCAAUAUCUCUGAGGAUUCCAAUCAGGAUACCCCGUUGCUGAAACGGGCCUGGGCAUUUACUGAGCGCCUACUUUCACCACGGUUACUACACUUCACAAAAAGCGAGAUGAUUCUCGAAUGCCGAGAAGGAUACCAGUGCGAGUGCGGAAGGAUCGCCGACUCAACUUUCGAUUCGCGUGCUACCGACUCGAUUAAGCAGGAGUUUGCACGUAUAAUUGCUGAGACGAACAGGCGUCCAUCAUUUGACGGAAGCGUACACGAUCAGCCAAAUGGCAUCGAGAGCGUCACCUCUCAACUCGCCUCUACGACUCUCACCAACGGAGCGAAGAACAUCUCUCAGAAACGAGAAGAAGCGCUCCAGCUCUGGAGUUACAUCAUCACCGAGUUCACAGCCCGGAAUAUCACCUAUGAUUCGGACAGAUUGCUGGCCAUAGCUAGCAUUGCAAAUCAACUGUCACCUGCUCUUCAUUCUGGCUACGUAGCAGGCCAGUGGACGUUCAGUACGAUGGGAUUGCUCUGGUAUCCAAAUGACAGCACCAGAUGCCGGCGGUCCAAAUCUUCAACUGGACACAAUGUACCGAGCUGGUCUUGGGCAUCGAUCGAAGGUUCUCCGAUUUUCUUUGACACUGCGUCAGCCAUGGACCUGGCAUGUCGAGUUUCCUUCGCAUCAUCAGACGGAGACGUCGCGAGCUGGUUGCCGCUAUCUGGAAACAUCAUCGAGCUGUCAGCAGCCAUGGCGACAGAUGUGACGUUCAGCUCCACAGGAUCAGCAGACAGUCCUUCGUACCUACUCUCCAAGAACGGCAUUGUGGUCGACUUCACACCAGACAUCAUACCACCGAGAGGCGAUGACUCCUUGCGCAAUGGUGAGAAACUCGUAUGCGUACUGGUGAGCAUGACAUAUCGAUCUUCGAUCAUUGGUCUGGUCUUGCAACGAUCAAACAAUAGCGACGUCUAUCGCCGCGUUGGUCGACUAGAGUGCUACGAAUGCUCGAGAGAAGGCAACGAUGAGGAGAUGAGCGAGGAUGCGGAAGCACUCUUUGAGCACUGGUUCCCCAACAUCCAAGAUAUGUCACAGCUCGACAACUACCCAUUGCAGCGAUUUGCUGUCGUGUAG